CGCGCGCUGUUUCCGGAAGUGUCCACCGCGGGCUGUUUCUUGGCCGCCUCCGACACCGCUUUCGCUGCUCUUUGCUGCGGAACUCUGCGCGUGGACCGGCGUCGGCCUGGGCGGGGCCGGGGUUCCGUCUGCGCGGCAGAAUGGAGAUAAUCCGGAGCAAUUUUAAGAGUAAUCUUCACAAAGUGUACCAGGCCAUAGAGGAGGCUGACUUCUUCGCCAUCGAUGGGGAAUUUUCAGGAAUCAGCGAUGGACCCUCAGUCACUGCAUUGACAAGUGGUUUUGACACCCCAGAAGAGAGAUAUCAGAAGCUUAAAAAGCAUUCUAUGGACUUUUUGCUGUUUCAGUUUGGACUUUGCGCUUUUAAGUAUGACCACACAGAUUCCAAGUAUAUAACGAAGUCAUUUAACUUCUAUGUUUUCCCCAAGCCUUUCAGUAGGUCCUCACCAGAUGUCAAGUUUGUUUGCCAGAGCUCCAGCAUUGACUUCCUAGCGAGCCAAGGAUUUGACUUCAAUAAAGUGUUUUGCAGUGGAAUUCCAUAUCUGAAUCAAGAAGAAGAAAGACAUCUGAGAGAACAAUUUGAUGAAAAACGUUCUCAGGCCAAUGGGGCAGGAGCUCUGGCAAAAUGUCCUGUGACAAUCCCUGAGGAUCAGAGGAAGUUUAUUGACCAAGUAAUAGAGAAGAUAGAGAAUUUCCUACAAAAUAAAGAGAAGAAGAGCUUGGAUCUAGAGCCAUGCACUGGGUUCCAAAGAAAACUUAUUUAUCAGACUUUGAGUUGGAAGUUUCCCAAAGGCAUUCAUGUUGAGACAUUAGAGACUGAAAAGAAGGAGAGACACAUAGUUAUCAGCAAAGUGGAUGAAGAAGAGCGCAAGAGAAGAGAGCAGGAGAAGUAUGCAAAGGAGCAGGAGGAAUUGAAUGAUGCUGUGGGAUUUUCAAGAGUCAUCCAUGCCAUUGCUAAUUCGAGGAAGCUGGUUGUUGGACACAAUAUGCUCUUGGAUGUCAUGCACACAAUUCACCAGUUCUAUUGCCCUCUGCCUGCAGACCUGAAUGAGUUUAAGGAAAUGACAAUAUGUGUCUUCCCCAGACUCUUGGAUACUAAGUUAAUGGCCAGCACACAGCCUUUUAAGGAUAUCAUUAACAACACAUCCCUUGCAGAGUUGGAAAAGCGGUUAAAAGAGACACCGUUUGACCCUCCUAAAGUUGAAAGUGCAGAAGGCUUUCCAAGCUAUGACACAGCUUCUGAGCAGCUGCAUGAGGCAGGGUAUGAUGCUUACAUCACAGGACUCUGCUUCAUCUCCAUGGCAAAUUACCUAGGUUCUUUACUCGGACCUCCAAAAGUGUGUGUGUCUGCCAGAUCAAAACUCAUUGAACCCUUUUUUAACAAGUUAUUUCUUAUGAGGGUCAUGGACAUUCCAUAUUUAAACUUGGAAGGGCCAGACUUACAGCCUAAACGUGAUCAUGUUCUCCACGUGACAUUCCCCAAAGAAUGGAAAACCAGUGACCUUUACCAGCUCUUCAGCGCCUUUGGUAACAUCCAGAUAUCCUGGAUUGAUGACACAUCAGCCUUCGUUUCUCUCAGCCAGCCAGAACAAGUACAAAUUGCUGUUAAUACCAGUAAAUAUGCUGAAAGUUAUCGGAUCCAGACCUAUGCUGAGUAUGUGGGGAAGAAGCAGGAAGACAACAAGCAGGUCAAGAGGAAGUGGACCGAAGACAGCUGGAAGGAGGUGGACAGAAAGCAACCCAAAGUGUCAAGCCCCUGUUCCCAUACCAACAGUAAGAACAUUCCUGCCUUACUUGUUACUGCUCAUGUGUGUUUCACAGUAAGAACAUGCCUGCCUCACCUGUUACUGCCCAUGUGUGUUUCACACUUCACAGCAACUGGCAUGACUGGAAAGAGAAAUCUGAGUCCUGACCCAGAGGAAGCUGGCUCGGAGGACAAAGAAUUGGAGGAGAUAUCUGACUCUGAGCUUGAACAGAUAGAUUCCUGUGCAGACCCCUUCCCAGAGGGAAGAAGAAAGGUCAAGAAGUUAAAAAGAAUGAAGAAAGAACUUUCCUUGGCAGGAACUGUUGCAGAUAGCCCUGCCAUGCUCUUCGAAGUUCCCGACACAUGGUAGCAGAGACCAGGGUGGAGCACACUGAGCAUGCUGCUGCUGAGAGAAGGCUAGCCCAGCCUGCCUGUUUGGAAGCCAUACUGUAUUCUCUUAAUCAAAUGAGGCAUGGGUGGGCUUUGGAACCAAGUUUAUUUCCUGGGAAAGCUACUUUGUACUUCUUUGGCUAUCUCUGUCUUCCCUUUUCAUCUAAACUGACCAUUGACAUACGUCAUGGUUGAGGGCUGUUGCAGGUGUGUGUGUUAUUAACUAGUUAGUUCCUGAUCCUGGGUAGUGAUAGCCUGUCCUGACUAGCAUCCAGGGAGGAAAUCAGCUGGGAACCAUGCUAGCAUCCAGGGUAUUCUGGUCAUAUUCAUGCUGAGCUCCGCCCUGCCUGGAGAUGUGUGGACAACCUCCAUUCAGCCCGUGGUGCCAUCAUAGGCCAUGGUCACUGGCUCCCAAUGAGUAAGUGGUUGUGCCUCCUGCUUCCCACUAUCACUGCCUAGAAACAGCACUCAGACUUGUUUUUUAAUGGAAACCUUCCCGAGCUGCUGACCCAAGGUCAUCUCAGCAGAUACCCAGACUUUGAGAGCACAUUAUUUCAAGUUACUUUCCCUCAGAUAUAAGUCUGUCUUGGGUGGUGUGUGAGUGAGAAGCUGGACUUUCUGUUCCUAUGCACAGUGCUGGAUUCAUGGUAAAGUGGCUUGCUUUUACCAUGUAUUUUUGUAUUUCUCUCUCUCUCUCUCUCUCUCUCUCUCUCUCUCUCUCUAUGUGUGUGUGUGUGUGUGUGUGUGUGUGUGUGUGUGUGUGUGUGUGUGUGUCUCCAUGGCAGAACUACAGCAUGCAUCAAACCCUCAUUGAGACAGGAGACACAGUGGCAAAGCAUUGUGUUCCUUUAGGACACUCCAGCAGACACUUCUGGAUAUGUAAUGUUUUUGUAUCAUGAAAAUUGAAUUUCAAAACGAUGGAAUUAAAGAAAAUUUCAUAGAAACC